AUGUCCCGGAUGCUGGACGUGGACUGCAGCUACACGUGCCACGAGCAGUGCCAGGACCUCGUGACCUUAGACUGCAAGGCUGACCUGACCCCGGACUCGAACACAAGCCACGAGGAACUGUACGUGGAGAGCGCAGAGGAACCCGAGGCCGAGGAGGAGGACGAGGAGGAGGCAUGUCCGAGGGUGGAGGAGGUGAAGGUGGAGGUGGAGGAAGAGGAGGAGGGUCAGGAGGAAGAAGAGGAGGAGGAGGAGAAGGUGCAGGAGGAACAGGAGGAGAAACACGAGGAGGAACAGCAGGAGAAGGAACUGAAGGACGAGCUAGUUCCUUUCAAGAAGUCUGAGGAGGUGUCAACUUUGCGAAAAACCGUGAGCAGUUUGCAGUCGCAUUUAGUGGACAAUGAUACCCUAGAAGAGUGGGUAGAGCGCUACAAUGCUUCAGCCCAGGGAUUGCAGAUAGCCAAGGAGAGCGAUGGGAGUUACCGUGGCUGUGUCCGAGUUCACCUGAACCUCAGCCGACCGAUCAACAUCGUCGCUGGCACAAGGCCGCCAUCCAUCUACGACAUCCUCCAGGAAGACCGAACAAUGGAGAAGACUUUGACCUCAUUCUACAUGCCCAGGGAUGCAGUAAAGGCUAUUCAUAUCACAAGUAAAACUACAACAAGAGAAGUGAUUGUAGCACUACUGAGAAAGUUCAAAGUUGUUGACAAUCCACAAAAGUUUGCCCUGUACGAGAGGAAUAUUGACUCAACACAGUCAGGAAAAGCAAGGCUUCGGAGGCUGGGGGAUGGUGAGUGCCCGCUAGUCCUGGCACUUAACUGGAGUGCCGGAGGGCUGACCAACAAGCGCCUAGUCUUGCAGGAGAAUGACACUGCAGACAUACAGUGGGAAGCUUUCAGCCUGCCAGAACUUAGUAAUUUUCUGAGAAUCCUGGAUCGAGAAGAGGAGGAAUACCGAUGUCAAAUUCAAGACAAAUAUGCUCUGUUGCGUCGAAGAAUUCACAAUAUCCUGAUUCAGCAAGAAGCAGAGUAAUGUGAUGAAGAUUCUACCUCUAUUUAUAAACAAAUAAUUUAUGAGUAUGAUUCAGCCAUGUAAUUUUUUUUUCUUUUCUUUUCUUUUUACGUAUUGUUUAUGUUGAAAUAUAUAUAUAUAUAUAUA